GGUAUUAAAAAUGUUGUGUACUUUAAAAAGGAUAAUUGCAAAAAAUUGACAACUCCUUUUGACAAUUUUAAAUUAUUUAAUGUAAAGUUUGAAAGGAGUCGUAAUUUUCUUAUAAAAAGAUAUUUUCUUUCUCAUGAAAUAAUUAGGAAUAUUAUUAAAAGAGCACAGUUGAGACUUCCUAAUGUUAUUUGUGAUCUUAAAAAAUAUCAACGCUGUCAAAUAACUUUAUUUCAAUUGCAAAGUAUUUGUAAUAAGGAUAUUAACAGGAAUUCUUUGUUUAUAACGAGUAAUUUUUACAACGAAACUUAUGAAGCUAUAGCGAAUGCAAAAACAUUAAAAAAUAUGCCUAUGAAGUAUUUGAUACAUUUUAUACAGUGCGUAACUAAUGUAUUCACGCAACAGAUUAUAUUAAUAAUGAUUAAAUCGAUAGAUAAUAUAAUUAAUUUUAUGGAGAGUAAAUACAGCUGACCGCAAAUUGAAAUAAAGCUUGUAUACCAAAACAAUAGGAUUACUUUGAAACCUAAUUUGAAAGAUUUGUUUGAUGCAUUCAACAAUAUUCUUUCCAAUAUCGACAAUAUUGCUCAAGAGUUGACUCCAUUCGAGAAAUGUUUUAAAAUAAAUACAAGUUAUGAAUACAUUAAAAUCAAGUUACCACAAUGGUUUAUUCAAAGUUCUUAUGAUAAAUUGCAGAUGAGAUUGGAAGAUAUGCUUAGGCCGAUAAUGAAUGAUCUUAAUAUCAUUGUUAAUCAAUUUGGUAUCAUAUGCGAUGGUACAAAUGUAAAAGACAAGAUUCGAUUGUUAAUUUCACAGAAACUUGAUUUUGAUGUCUAUCUCGGUGAAAUAAAAAAAUAUAACAUGUAUCAUGAUAUCGCAAAAUCGAUGGUAAAAAACGUGUAUUAUGACGUAGGUCAACUGAAUCAAGAACCUGCAAAAGAAGCAUUAAUUGAAUAUUCUUCUGAAAUAAUUGAUAUGCUUACGAAGGAAUUGGUGAAUUAUCAUCUUACAUAUAAUCAACUUAUUUGUUCCGAAUUUGAAAAUCUUAAAAUGAAGGCUUUAAAUGUACCUAAAGAUGCAAAGAGAUUAACUAAAUUAAUCGACUAUAUGAUGCAUGAUUCUAAAGUAUUGGUGAAAGAAUUGGAAGAAAGGAUACAUAAAUCUGUAGAAAUGUUAAGUGUACUUUUAGAAAUAACUACGUUAACGUAUAAGCAUAUGAAAAUAAAUGGAGAUACUAUUUUAUGGUUGAAUUUAAUACAACCGAUAUUUGCACAAAGCAAUAUUAUGUGUGAAGCUAUUAAAAAUGAUUUUGAAGAUGACCUCCAGAAACGGAUAAGUACUUUAAACGUUCAAGUAGAUGAUCUGUUUCCAUAUCUUGUUAUUUUAGAUAACAUGGAUGAUAUUAGGAAAGUUCAAGAAUAUUCUGAACAUUACGACGAUCUUAUUAAAAAAGUCAAAGAAAUAGAGGAUCAAGUUAUUACGAUUAACGCAGAAGAAUCAUUUUUUAAAUUCCCAGAAACUGAAUUUCCAAGAGUUAUCGAAUUAAAAGAGAUUGUUUAUCCAUUUUAUUCUCUUGUUAAUAUCAUUCGUCAAUGGCAGAGAGAUAAUUCUAUAUGGUUGAAUGGACCUUUUGAAUAUUUGAAUCCUGAUGUGAUUAAGGAAAAGACUUUAGAUUAUUUAACAAAAAUCAUGGAGAUGAAUAAACAAUUCAAGUCACGAAUUAAAAUGGAUGUUACGUCUAAUAAAUCGUUUAAGUUUUCUGGAAUAACAGAUGAUCCCGAUCCAAUGCAACAACCUGCUCCUUUGAAAUUAUCCUGGCAAGCGAUCAACGAUAUUCAACAAUUUAAAAUAUAUUUACCCCUUGUUAUUUGCAUAUGCAAUCCUGCGCUCAAACAACAACAUUGGAAAGAAAUGUCUAUUAUAUCACAAUUUGAUCUUACUCCACAUGCUGGUACAACACUUCAGAAAAUUAUUAAUUUUAAUUUAAUAGAGAAUAUAGAGAAAUAUGAAAUUAUUAGUACAAAGGCUACCAAAGAACUUUGUUUACAUCAACAACUAGCAGAAAUGCAGCAAAUGUGGUAUAGGAUUUCAUUUGAAAUUAUUUACAGUAAUGAAACGAAAUUAUUUGUAUUUAAAAACCAAGAUGAUAUAGAAAGUCUUCUAGAAGAUCAUUUUCUUAAAAUAGAAGAAAUGAGAGCUUCUCAUUUUAUUGAAUCGAUAUCUACGUCUCUUAAAGAUUUUCAUAUUUCUCUUAAAAAGAUUCAAGAGAUAAUAAUACUUUGGUUUGAUAUACAGAAAUAUAAGAUUUCUAUAAGUUCGAUAUUUUAUUGCCAAGCAACAGAAAAUUAUUUAUCCCAAGAAACUUCUUUGUACAGAGACGUAAACAAAAUAUUGGAAAAUAUUAAGAAAAAAAUAUCAGAAAAUCCUAAUUUUCACACUUUUCAGAAUGAUUAUGAUAUAUUAAAUGAUUUGCAAGAUUCGAAUAUUAAAAUGGAUCAGAUAAUGAAAAGAGUUCAGAAUUAUAUUGAUAAUAAAAGAUUAGAUUUUGAAAGAUUCUUUUUUCUAUCAGAUAUAGAAAUUCAGAAUAUAUUAUUUGAGUUGGAUGAUAUAAAUAAAUUGCAGUUAUGUUUACAGAAGUGUUUUCCUGGUAUCAACAAACUACAAUUCGAUAAAACAAACUGUGAUAUUUAUUCCAUUUUAGGAGACUGUAAUGAGACUCUUCAACUUAAUACAAAUAUUACAAUACUUAGCGGUGAUGAAAAAUGGUUAUCUACUUUACAAAAAGUAUUAAAAAAUACAAUUUAUGAGAAUUUGCAACAAUGUUAUUUACAUUUUGAAGAAAAGGAUUUAUGCGAUUGGAUAACAAAUGUACCGAGUAUGGUAAUCAUUUGUAUUUCUCGCAUUUAUUGGACCAGUCUGGUCCAAAGUUGUUAUUCACCUUUUAAUUUGUUAUUACUAAAAACAAUUAACAAGAAAUAUUCUGAAUUAUUGGCGAGCUUGGCUGAUCGAAUGAAAAGUAAUAUAAUGCAUGAAGAAAAAAAACUGUUAAUGUCAUUAAUAAUAAUAACAGCUAAUCACGAAGAAAUUAUAAGAUUGUUGCUAGAAAAAAAUAUUUGUUCUUCUUCAGAUUUUAACUGGUUGGUACAAAUGCGAUAUUAUUGGAUUGAAAAUGAAAUUAAAAUUUCAUUAUACAAUACUACAAUAAAUUAUGGCUACGAAUACAAUUAUUAUGAACAAUAUUUAGUGAAUACACCAUUAACUGAUAGAUGUCUUCGUACCUUGAUGGAAGCUUACAACUAUCAUUUAUUCGGAGCUAUUAUUGGAUCUGUAGCCACUGGGAAAAUGGAAACUAUUAAAUAUUUAAUCAAUUCUCUUGCAAUGCCUUAUUACAUAUUAAACACGAAUGAAAGAUUUACUUAUAAAUCGAUACUGAAUGUACUGAAAGGACUUAUUUCUUGCGGGACAUGGGUUUGCUUGAAAAAUUUAGAUAAAUUAGAAUUAACUGUACUAUCUGCAGUUACGCAAACAAUCGUGAAUAUUCAUCAAGUAAUAUCGACAAAUUUAAAAUCAGUUAUGUUCGAAGGAACCAAAUUAAAUUUAAAUCCAAAUGGAAACAUUUGCAUUAUUAUGAAUGUCCAAUGCAACAAAUAUUACGAAUUACCGGAUAAUUUGAAAAUACUUUUUCGCUCUAUUUCUAUGGUAAAACCAGACCUCAAGCAAAUAAUAGAAAUAGAACUCUUAGCAUCUGGUUUUUCUAAUGGAAAAGAACUUGCAACUAAAUUGGUUUUAAUCUAUAAAUUGUUAUGUGAUCAAUUAUUAGAUAGACCGCAUUAUAAAUUUGAUUUGUCUUCAGUUAAAACAGUUAUUAAAACUGCAAGGAUGUUAAAAAUUCAUUUUCAAACUGAAGAUGAAAAUAUUUUAUUACUUCGUUCGGUAAUCGAUGUAAUUUUACCAACAUUUUCUAGCCAAGAUAUAAUAAUAUUUCAGAAUAUAAUACAUAGUAUAUUUCCUUAUAUUAAAUUACCAUCUAUGAAUUAUAAUAAAAUAUUAAUGGCACUAGAAAAUGCAUGUGAAUCAAGAUCAUUGGAUUUUCAUGAAAUAUUGAAACUAAAAAGUUUACAAAUGUUUGAAUUAAUGCAUGUUCAACAUGCUCUCAUACUUGUUGGUGGUCCUCUUACUGGAAAAACAGAAAUGUUACAUGUUCUGGCUGAUACUUUUACAUUACUGCAUAAAUGGAAAGAUGAUAACGGUGCAAAUAUUACAUUAGAAAUUAUAAAUCCAGGAAUUAUCAAUAGCAAUCAAUUAUUUGGUCAAUACAAAAAAGAAUUGAAUUUAUGGGAGGAUGGUUUAUGUACUAAAAUAUUUCGUACUUUUGCAGCAAAUAAUUCAUCAGAUAAGAAGUGGUUGAUAUUUGAUGGAUCUUUGAGUGAUAUAUGGGUUGAAAAUUUGUAUACAGUAAUAGAUAGCAAUAAAUUCCUUCAUUUAAUUUCUGGAGAAAGGAUUUCGAUGACACAAACGAUGUCUGUAAUAUUUGAAACUAUGGAUUUAUCUAACGUUUCUCCUGUUAUUAUAUCACACUGUGGUAUUAUUUAUAUUGAAUCACAAUCUAUCGGAUGGAAACCGUACAUAUUAUCUCAUAUUAAACAAAAUCAAAUGUAUAACAAAUAUGAGAAAAUUAUGUAUUCAUUAUUAAGUUGGUCUUUAGACGCUUGUCUUCAAUUUGUACGUUUGAAUUGCUUGAUGACAAUUACUGUAGGAGAAUUACAUCUUGUGAGAUCAACGUUAAGUUUAUUUGAAAUAUAUUUAACAGAAGCUUGUAACGAACAGCUAGAAAGAAAUGAAAAUGUAGAUCAUUUUGUUAUAUGGUCGCAAGCAGCUUUAAUGUUAUCUUUAGUGUGGGUUGUUGGUGGAAAUUCAUCCACAGAUUUCCAAGUUAAAUUUAAUGAAUUUUGUUUAGCGCUUUGGAAUAAUUCUCACAGUGAAUAUCCAUGUCCAGAAGAUAUUAAACAUUAUGAUAUUACUUUGCCUACUGAAGGAUUGAUACAAGAUAAUUUGUAUAUUUUUAAAGGUGUUGGAAACUGGAAACAUUAUAAUGAUUUAUUGAAAACUGAAACGAUAACAGAUAUGUGUAACUUCGAUCAAAAAUAUGUUCCAACUCUUAAUUCUAUCAAGUACGGUCGUUUAUUUCUUACACAUAUCAAAUAUCGCAAAGCUUUUAUUAUUUGCAGUAAUGGUACAACAGGUAAAACUGUUCUUUUACAAAACUUGUUGAAAUAUAAAUUAUCAAAGCAUAAAUAUUUAACAAAUACUUUUAAUUAUUCUUCUCUUGUAACUGCAGAGAAAGCAAAGAAUUUGUUUUUGUCGUACUUGAGUAGAAUCAAAAAAAGAUGUUAUGGCUUACCCGAAGAUAAAUGUUGUAUAAACUUGAUUGAUGAUUUUAAUCUAAAUACCGACACUAAUAUCAAUUCUAGUUCAGUGCUAGAAUUAAUAAGACAAUAUUUUAAUAACGGAUAUUGGUAUGACACAAAGAUAUUUGAUAAAAUCUUUGUUACAAAUAUUAGCUUUUUAUUAACAAUAACUACUGGUUAUAAAAAGCAUAAUAUUUGUCCUAGAUUCAUGAGACAUUUUAAUGUUUACACGUUUCCUGAACUUACGAUGGAUAACAUAUAUAAAAUAUUCUCUAAUAUGCUUUUAACUAAUUUAAAAAAUAAUCUUUUUAGUACAGACGUAUUAAAUUACGUAACAAGUAUAACAAAUGCUACAAUCGAUGUUUACAAUUCAAUAUUAAAUGUCUUGCGUCCGAUACCUACCAAAGUACAGUAUCUAUUUAAUAUCAGAGACAUAUACAAAGUUAUAAGCGGUUGUAGUCUUAUCCAAAAAGAAUCAGUUGAUACCAAAAUUGUAUUCCUUCGUUUGUGGGUACACGAAACGCUGCGUGUAUUCGGUGAUCGAAUUUCACAUAACGACGAUAAAGAAAUCUUAUAUCAAAGUAUAAAAGAAGCAGUGAAAAAAUAUUUCAAAGACUCAUUCGAGUCUGCUUUCGAUCACUUACCAAAAUUUGAGGAUAAUAAAAUUACUAAGGAUAGUUUUAAAUAUCUUCUAUUCGGUAAUUUUAUAGAAUUGGAUGAAACUUCAUUGAAGUAUAAAAAAUAUGAAGAAAUCAAUUCUUUAGAAAUAUUGAAAGAUGCUAUUGUAUCUUAUAUGAAUAAUUAUAAUAAUAUUAAUAACGAAAAGAUCGAUAUUGUAAUAACACAACAAAUGUUGAUAUAUUUAGUAGAAAUUUGUAGAAUAUUGGCAAUGCCCAGUGGAAAUGCAAUUAUUAUUUCAACCAUUAGAUCUGGUAAAAAAUCCAUAACUAAACUUGCUGCUUAUAUUCAAGAGCAAAAUUUCUUUGAACCUACUAUGGACUCAUAUUAUAAUUUUAAUAUUUGGAAAGAUGAUUUAAAAAAGAUAUUACGUACUUGCGGAGAAUCUCAACAAAAUUGUACAUUCUAUCUCACAGAGAGACAAAUGAAAAACACAUUUCUUCAAGAUGUUAAUAGUUUAUUAAAUACCGGAGAAAUACCAGAUUUAUUUUCAACCGAAGAAAAACUUAGUAUUAUAGCAACGAUGCGUAUACAUGCUCAAAAAGGAGAUUCAAAUGCAGAAAUAAAUAUUUCUGCUGUAAUGGAUUACUUUAUAGAACAAUGUAAAAAUAAUUUGCAUUUUGUACUUGGCUUCAGUCCGAUCAAUAAUACAAUGAGAAAAUAUUUUUAUUUAUAUCCUAAUUUAAUCAAAUACUGUACAAUCAAUUAUUAUGAUACAUGGCCAGAAGAUGCUCUUGUUGAAAUAGCUAAAAUUCAUAUAGAAAUUAUAGAUAUUCCAGGGAACAUAAAAGAUAGUGUAAUAAAAGCUUGCAUUCAAUUUCAUAAUGAUGCAAAAAUAAAUAGUUUAAUGUAUUUGAAGGAUAAUGGAAUACCAACUUACGUUACAAACUCAGCUUUUUUACACACAACAAAAUUAUAUAAACAUUUAAUGACCAAGAAACAAGAACAAAUUAUUACUACUAGAAACAGAUAUAUGAUGGGCUUGGAACAACUUGAAAUAGCAGCGCAACAAGUUGAAAAAAUGAGUACAACGUUAACGAUUCUAAAACCUGAAUUAGAACUGUCUGCACAAAGAACUAUAAAGACAAUGAAAGAAGUUAAACAUGAAAAUUUAACUGUAGAGAAGGCUACGAUUCUUAUUAAAAAAGAAGAAGGUAUUGCGAAUAAAAAAGCAGAGAUUGCUGGAGCAUUGAAAUCUGAAUGUGAAGCUGACCUUGCUGUAGCUAUUCCUAUUCUUGAAGAUGCUGUUGUAGCUUUAAAUACAUUAAAACCUACUGAUAUUACUUUAGUCAAAGCUAUGAAAAAUCCUCCUGACACCGUUAAGUUAGUGAUGGCUGCAGUUUGCGUUAUGUUAGGUGUAACACCAGAUCGUACUGUUGAUUCUGUUAGUGGAAAAAAAAUAACGGAUUAUUGGGGUCCAAGUAAACGUAUUUUAGGGGAUAUGAAUUUCUUACAAAAUUUGAAAGACUAUAAUAAAGAUAAUAUACCAUCUGCAGUAAUACAAAUAAUUAAAAAUGUUUAUAUGACAGAUAAAAAUUUUGUACCUCAUAUUGUUGCCAAAGCAUCAAGUGCCGCAGAAGGUCUUUGUAAAUGGGUAAGAGCAAUGGUAUCUUAUAAUGAAAUUGCUAAAGUGGUAGCUCCAAAAAAAGAAAAACUAGCAGCAGCUCAGAAAGAGUGCGAUGAAGCAGAAGCAUUUUUAAAUGAGAAACGUCAAACUCUUUCUAAUUUAAAUAUCAAAUUAGCUACACUUAACAGUAAUCUUCAAGAUACUUUGCAGAAGAAAUUACAAUUAGAGGAAGAAGUGAGUAACUGUACAAUAAAAUUACAGAAAGCAGAAAGGUUGAUUGCAAGCCUAGGAAGCGAAAAAGAACGUUGGUUACAAUUAGCAGACAAUCUUCAAUUAAAUUAUGAUAAUUUAGCUGGAGAUAUGAUACUAUCAUCUGGAAUAAUAGCUUACAUGGCUCCGUAUAACAUCAAAUGUCGUGAUAAAAUGAUAAAAAAGUGGAUCAAUCUUAUACAAAUGUUAAACUUGCCAUAUUCAAAAUCUUAUGACUUUGUUAAUAUACUCGGAGUGGAAUUAGAAAUAAGUUCGUGGUACCUCUCUGGUUUAUCUAAAAACAGAUUUUCCACAGAGAAUGCUAUUAUUAUGGAAAAUUCUAAACUAUGGCCAUUGUUCAUUGAUUCUCAAAACCAAGCUAAUAAUUGGAUCAAAGAAAUAGAGAAAAAGAAUGGUCUUAAAGUAGUCAAAUUUACAGAUUCCGACUACAUGUCGAUCAUACGAUAUAAUAUUGAACACGGUAAUCCUAUUUUAUUAGAAAAUAUUGGAGAAGAACUUGAAGUUGCUAUAGAUUCAGUGUUGUUAAAAAAUAUUUAUAAAAUUGGAGACGAUUGGUAUUUAAAAAUUGGUCGAAUUAUUACCAAAUAUUCUCUCAAUUUUAGAUUGUACGUUACAACAAGAUUAUCUAAUCCACAUUAUCUACCCCACGUAUAUAGCAAACUUAUUGUAAUAGAUUUUUCACUUCCUUGCGAAGCUCUUCAAGAUAAACUCUUAAAUAUAAUUAUUAGAAAAGAAAAAUUAGAACUUCAAGAACAAUUUGAAAAUAUUUGGAUACAAGAUACUAUUAACAAGGAAGCUCUUAAAUUGCAAGAAGAUAAAAUUUUAAGUACGUUAUCGUCUACCAGUACAAAUAUUAUAGAAGAUGAAAAAGCUAUCAUGAUAUUGGACUCUUCUAAGACUCUUUCUUUGAAUAUAAUUAAAAAACAGGAACAAGCAGAAAUUAUGAAGAACGAAAUAAAUAUCGUUCGAAGUACUUACACACAAUAUACUAAAUUUUGUGCUGGAUUAUUUACAACACUUAACGCAUUAUCAAAUUUAGAUCAUAUGUAUCGCUUUUCGUUCUCAUGGUUUAUCCAAUUAUUCACACGUUCCAUUCAAGGAUCGAACAAAAAUAUUUCUCUCGAGAAACGAUUAAAAUUAUUAAAGUAUUCUUUCACUCAAAAUCUUCAUUCGAGCGUUUGCAGAUCUUUAUUCGAAAGACAUAAGCUUGUUUAUUCAUUUUUACUAUGUUCUAAAAUUCUAUUAGACAAUAAACAAGCAACAGAAAAAGAAAUUCAUUUCUUUUCUCUCAUAGACAUAGAAUAUUUUAAUAUUUCAAAUGUGUUUCAAGCACCAAUUUGGUUGCCAAUGAAGAUAUGGAAUAAAAUUUGUUAUAUCAAUGAUAACUUACCUAAUUUUCAUGGUCUCGCACAGGACAUUUCUUCUAACGACGUAAGUUGGAAAAUAUAUUGGAAUUCGGAUCUCGUAGAAACUUUAACGUUGCCAGAUCCGUGGGAUAAAAAGUUAGGGCCAUAUCAAAAAUUAAUAUUAGCUAAAAUUGCUAAGCCAGAUAAGAUUAUUUAUUAUAUCAUAUAUUUCGUUGAAAAUUAUUUAGGAAAAAUGUUUAAUUACUCGUCUCAAUAUAUAAUGUCUCAAUCAUAUGCAGAAUCCAGUUGCCUUCGUCCACUUUUAUUUAUUUUACCAAGUUACUCUUCACCUCUUUCUUUUCUUUCCGCUUACGCGAGUACCAUCGGCUAUUCUUCAAAAUACAUAUCUCUUUCUAUGGAAGAUACACAACAAAAGAAAGCUGAAGUUCUUAUUAAAAAAGCCCAAGAAGACGGUGGAUGGGUAUUCCUUCAGAAUUGUCAUCUCGCUGUUCCAUGGUUAUUUCAAUUAGAAAAGAUUUGUGAAAAUUUGAAUGCAUCAAAUACAUCUUUAACUUUUCGAUUAUGGCUCUCUAGUUAUUCCAUUAAUGAAUUUCCUAUAAGUAUUUUGCAAAACUGUGUAAAGAUAACGUUAGAUGAUACAAACAAUAUCAAAAAAAAUUUAUUGAGAUCCUUUCAAUUGAAGUUCAUAAAAAAUAAAGAUAUUUUUGACUGCUGUCCUGGAAAAGAAAAAAUAUUUAUAAAGUUUCUUUACCAAUUAUGCUUCUUUCAUAUAGUUGUUAAAGAAAAAAAUAACUUUGGAAUGCAAGCUUGGAAUAUUCCAUACGAUUUUGAUUAUUCCGAUUUCGAAACAUCCAUUCUCCUAUUACAAGAUUUAAUAAACAACCAUGAAAAUGUAUCAAUAGAAGCUAUAUCAUAUUUUAUUGGUGAAUGUAAUUAUGGUGGUAAGAUCAUGAAUAAAUUUGAUCAAAGAUGUUUGAAUCAUUUAUUAAGUUAUUAUUGCGAUGAUAAUAUAACAAAUAAUUCCCAGCACUUCUUUUCAAAUAAUUUGAAAUAUCUAUUGCCUCGAAAAUGUGAAUACAAUGAGAUAAUGAAACAUAUUAAAAAUAUGUCGAUAAAUCAUCCAUCUAAAAUUUUCGGAUCAGAUGAAAAUGCUCUCGCUAUCAGAGAUGCUAAAGAAACAAAUGAAUUUCUUACAUAUAUGUCUUUAAUGAACUCUAUAAUUUCAUCUAAGAUCAAUGAAUCUACUGAAGUGGAUGAACUAAUUAUAAUCGAUAACAUUGAAUCUGAAAUAUCAAAUAUAUCUAUCAUUGAAAACGUAGAAAAUAUUUAUCAUUCUACAUUUUCAAAUCCGUUAAACAUUGUUUUAAUAUAUGAAAUAGAAUUAAUUAAUAAAACAUUAAUUGAAAUAAAAGGAACAUUGAAAGAUUUGAGAUCAGCGUUUAACGGUGACAUAAUAUUAAACAAUUAUCUAGAAGAAUUAUGGAAAUUAAUAUACAAUUGUCAAAUUCCAUAUAUUUGGAAAAAAGUAUCCAAUAAUAUGGAAGUUGUAAACCUUUCCGAAUUCAUUAAUUAUUUAAUAAACAAAAGAAAAUUGAUCAAAGAUUGGAUUGAAAAUGAGCAUCCUUAUUUGAUUAAUUUUGGCGCAUUGACAUAUUGCAAAAUGUUUCUUUCCAUAUCAAAACUUAUGUUUUCUCAAAAACAUAAUUUAUCUAUUGAAAAUAUUUAUAUAGAUUUUGAAAUAUUGACAAUCUAUGAGCCAUCUGAAAUAAAAGAUAAAUUUAAUGAUCAAUAUUACAUUUAUGGAUUAUAUUUAAUUGGUGCGCAAUGGGAUUCGCAAGAAAAGAUAUUAAUAAACAGCAUACCUGGUAUAUAUCGUUAUAACAUGCCUAUCAUGUGUCUUAAAUUUAUCACACAAGAAGCAAUAUUAGAAAACAUUUAUAAAUGUCCUGUAUACACUAUUUGCAUUGAAAAUAAUAUAAACAAAUUAAAUACAAAUCUUACGCGUUCAAAACAAUUACAAAGGUUGCAUAUGCAUCUAAUGACAGUACCUCUAAAAACAAAUAUAUGCGUUGCACAUUGGAUAAGAUGUGGUACUGCAUUGUAUCAUUAAAUGUCAAAUAAGUUUUAAUAUAAAUA